ACCCAUCAACUUAUUUCUGAGGUUAAAUCUGUACAGGGUAUAUACUGGCUCCUUUCUGGGAGGGAGAGGGUAAUUGCAGCUUGCAUUGGAGGGGCAGUUUCCCCUGUUCCAAAUCUACGCAUUCUGCUCCGAGAAUGGCUCAACGUGGAAGAUUCUUUCCUACAGAACAGUCUGUUAGCUGAAUUUAAAUAUAUUUGCCUUCACUUCUUUAAUACUGUCCUGUUUUGGCAGAAUGGCUAACUCUAUUUUCUUCUCCCUUGCAAAAUAUACACACCAUGCAUCAGAGUAUGUAAUGCAAAAGGUGAGCUACUUCAUUAGGUCUAUUCAGAGUGACUGCAGAGCAACUGGAUUUCUGAGGUAGGAAAGUUUUUUUCAGAGGUCUGAGGCACAAGUGCCACUUGGAACCAACUGUAAAGUGCUCGAUAUCAGGUUAGGAAGAAUUGGAAGGGGAGGGGGGUUGCAUUCAGUUAAAUUUUUAAUUGUAUUCCAUGACUGUUCUAUGCUAAUUAAAGCCUCUCUGUGCAUGUUAUACCUUCUGACAGUAUGUGCCUGGUAUUGUUGUCACACACAAGUGUAGCUCCAGUUCAUGCUGGUAAUGAAUUUUUCUCUGUGUGUCGUUCUUGUUAUGAGUAGGGAGAGGACUGACAUCUACUUUGUAUAUCUAAUUUAACUUUGCUGUCAGCAUUUAAGAUCAUUUUACUAAUAAACAGAAUGAAGAGGAGGUUUUCCUGUCACAGGAUUUUUGCAUGCUUUUAAGCAAAGAUUCUGCUCUUUAUCCCUCAGUGACAUGGGGCAGUUAGUCCUUGGUUUUAUUCCUGGGCAGAGUAAAGGUUCCUGAGCCCUGUAGCAAAGUCCCUUUGAUGAAUUCUUUUGAUUAGUGUGGCAAUCUGAACUGUUGAAUUUGUCUUAGCUUGACAUAAGUGUAACCAAAAAUCCUGCCAGAUAACUAAUGCUGCACUUUGCUUUCUAUAAACACACCUAGAAGUUUAACACCUGUUAAUAUAUAUUGUAAUGUCUACCAAAGGUGUGACUGAGCUUAUGGAAGUGCUGCCCCAUUCUGGGAGCUGUCUGCACUAAAAUAAGUUGAAUAGUGACAUAGAGACAACUCUCAGCACGUUCUGUGGGAGCUGCUUCUGUUUUCAUUCCAGCUGAGUCAAUUUAUCAGGCUGAAUUUUCUAAUGAACGAAUGAGUAGCUCUGGAAUAAUCUUAUCAGUAAAGUACAGUUUGAGCACUAAGCUUAAAAGUAACACAUUGGUAAAAACAAAACAAAGACCUUUUAAAACUUACCUGUGUGUAUGAGGUGAAUGUAUUGUUUGGUACUGCUGAGGCUUGUUGUCCUUGGAAGUGUAAGAGGAGUUCAUUCCUGACAGGAAGGGUCCUUUGAAAACUGCAUGUUUUGCUAUGAAUGAACUUCUUCCCAAAGGGAGAGAAUUGAAAUCAAACCUUUUCACUUCAAGUGAAAAAUAACCUGGAGUUAAAAUAGUCUAAAACUCCCUUUGUUUUUUCUCCAAAAUACCUUACAAAUGUGUGUGUGAGGCAGCCUUAAUUCUGCCCCACUCGGAUUCUCUUCCAAGUGAAGUUAUUGUAGCGUGUGGUGAGUUGAAAGGUUUAAAGAAGUGCAGCAGAUAAAUUCUAUUUCUAAAUCAAAAUGAAUAUUAAAGGUUUGGCUAUAAAACAACAUAAAGAACAAAACCUAACAUUUGAAAUAUUUAACACCUUUUUAGAUUCCAUUUUGGUGAAGAUUGACUGCCUGUUCUCAUCACCUAAUAAUUCUUAAAGUUAUUUACAGGAACAGUGAAAAAAGGACAAUUCAGUAAAUGCCUCUUAAAUUUGUGUGUACUCCAAAAAAAUCACGAAAUAAAUGUUUGGUAUGUAAAUACAAGAAGUGUGUUUGGUGCAAUCUAAAAGCAUUUUCAGCUCCCAGUGUGACAGAAAUCUUUGCUUAUUUUGAUUAAGAUAGUUAAAAAUCACAAAAAAUUGAAAAGUUCCCUGCAGGCCAUUUUCUUCUGAAAAAGAUUUUUCCCUUUAAAUUAUUUCACUCAUAGUGUUUUCAAUAACCAAGAGAACAAGGAACUAGAGUAGUUCUCCUGCCUAAAAAUAAUCUUCUGUCACUUCCACUGCCAAUAAUAAAGCAUUCUUUCAGUGAAGUCUUUUCUCUAAUUAAUGCUUAUUUGGAUUAAAUAUUUCUAAAGGGUUUUUUUCCCCGUUCUUGUAGUUUAUUAUUAUUGUUAUUUUAUUAUUAUUAUUCCAUAACACAGUAAGCUCUGCUCUGGCACAGAGGGCUCUGCUGCACUCCUGAGCCAGGUUCCAGCAGCGUUGGAAUAGUGGAACAGUGAGAGAAACAAAAUGUUACAGUUCUGGUAGAAACAAAAAACACAAGAAAAGGGUCUUUCUGACCACCUUCUCUAUAGUUAGUUGGACUUCCCUGUGCUGCCAGCAUGGCUGGGGUUUAGAACAGCAAAGUGCAUUUAGCUGUGGAUUUGAGAGAACAAGAUUUGCUGUUUAAUGCAAUAAAAGCUGUCCAAACUGAUUUCCUGCAGUUAAUAGUACAUUAAUGUCAAAGGACUUUUAUGCCAUAGAUUUAUGGUAAUUACCAACCCAUUGGUUAUUCCAAUUGAUAAGGACAAGGCUGUGGGAGUUGGAGACAACAGGGAGUUAAUCUUAUGGAAAUACUUCCUUUCACUUGUUACUGUUGCCAUUAUGCACUUUGUUUUAUUUAGCAGCCAAAUCCUUCAAGGUUUUUGAUUACUUUAAAAACUGGGGGUUUUGAAUAAGGAAUAUAGACUUUCAUAGAAAUAAUUACAACUUUUAGACUUUAAUAAUUACAUAGAAAUAAUUAUGACUUGCAAUACUACUGUCUUCCUCUCUUUCUAUACUUUUAUUUCCUUAUCUCACCACUACCAUUUUUAAGUAAAAGUAGGACUAUUUCCUUAACAAGCUGUCAAUGAAAUUUAGUGGCCUAAAUGGCAGAUGUAUCUUGCUUUAAUAUCAUUUUAGUCUUUCAUUCUCAUUCCUGCUAUGAGUAUCUUUUGUCUUACAGUCCAGUUUAUACUAAUAAUUUUGCCCUCAUCUUGUUAUGGUGUAGACCUAAUUUCUGCCUUGUUUUGUUUUGUUUUCUCGUUGUCCUUUUGAAGCAGCUAUGCCAUGUUACCACACUUACCUGCCCAGAGUAUGGAAGCACUGCAGACUGCAGGCCCUGACAUACGUCUGGAAGCUUCAUUCCCACUCCCAUUACCAAAGCCUCCCACACUUCCAGAGUCAUUGCCAUCCCCCCCCAGGCUUUCAGCACCUGAGCUCCAGGUCCGUGCCCUCGAUGAAGCCGAUGGUCCCGUUCCAGCCUGUCUGAGAUCCCAGGAUGACACAGAACUGAAAAAAACUGAGCCAGAAAAGAGGCCAAAGAAAGUCUCAGAGAUCCGAAUCAGGAAAACUGUUCCCAAGCCGGACACUAACCUUACUCCAAUGGGACUGCCCAAACCAAAAAGGCUUAAGAAGAAAGAAUUUAGUUUAGAAGAAAUUUACACAAACAAGAACUACAAGUCCCCUCCUCCAGCCAGGAGCUUGGAAACAAUCUUUGAAGAGCCCAAGGAGAAGAAUGGACACUUGAUUUCUGUCAGCCAGCAGAAGAGAAAGCGGAUUCUCGAGUUCCAGGACUUUACUCUUCCCCGGAAAAGGAAGACACGAGGCAAAGUCAAAGCAGUGGGUUCUUUCACCCGAGCCAAAAGGGCUGCACUGCAGAGUGCAGAGCUGGAUGUGCUUCUGAGUCAGAAGCUCAUGGCCCUUGAAGCCUUUUUUGCAGAGGAGGUGGAGCAGGAGCAGGCCUCCGGCAUCUGAGGGAGCCGCGGAGCUGGGAAUGGUCCAGUCAGCCUCUGGAGUAUUUUCCUCUGGGGAGAAAUCUACUGACUUCUUCAUGCAUUACUCUGUUCUAACAUCUGAUAAUCAGUUUUUGGCUGUGACCCUCUUUAAGGUGCUAUUUUGUUUUUUAUUUUUUUAAAUGCUAUUGGAGGGAUUCUUUUAAGUCCCUAUUGGAGUGUAACACAGCCACAUAAAAUUUACCCUUCCUUCCUCAACCUCUGGAAAAUACUGCUUAUAUUUAAUUAAUUAUGUUUAAACACCUUUUGGGGGUAGAGUAGGAGUGUAAAGGAGGAAGUAGUGCACUUUCAGUGAUGCUAGAACUCUGUACUCCAGAUCAUUUGCACAUUUGAGUCUGCUGUUGUUACUGUAAUUAAUGGCUAUUUUGAACAACGUGACAGAAGAGAUGCAGUGUUUGAGAAAGGUGAAUUCUAGCAAACACAUUCUUGAUAUACCACUAACUUUUUAAUAAUUAAACGUAGCUGUCUGGGUUUGCAUUCAAUUGUUUCUUCCUUCUGUUGACUUAGAAGGUUCCUUCUGAGUUUCUGUGCCCUUCCUGGCUCCAGGCAGCAGAAGCCUCACAUAACUAGACUUUAUAUAACUUGCACUUUGUAUAUGUUUCUUUAUUUGGUGCAUGAGGACACCUUUUAACAUUAUUAAACUCAAAAAAGGGUAAUGUUUUAAGGAAAAAUGGUGCCCAGUACUACUUUUUCCCAAAUAGUAGAUUUUUUACUUACUUGGCUGAUGCCAACCUCUUCUCCAGAGGAAAAGCCCAUGAGGAUGUUAAACUGCAGGAUACAUAAGCAGAGAUUUCUAUUUAACUGAGCUGCUGCAUAGAGAGAAUACCAACAAAAUCUUUGGGCCUUGCUUUAAAGUUAUUUUAAACCCAUUAAAAAUAUUAACUUAAUGUCAACAAGAAUUUUUUUUUUCCAUCUUAAAGGGUUUUUUACCACUGUAGAUUUUUAAUUCCUGUAGCUCUUAACUGGAUCCUCUCUGUACUCACUGUUGUCCAUAAUAGCCAGUGCUGCACCAAGAGCCUCCUGGCACGUGGACAUUUUUUAUAUAAGGCCAUUUGUAAUCCCCUGAUGCAGCUCUGGGCAAUUUCUCAGCUCUACCUUUUGAAGGAAGAGAGCUCCCUUCUGGCAUAACUUCUGUUACCCUUACUUGAAGCAUAAUUCCAGGUGAAUGCCAGCUGCAGUUCAGGUCAUUGUCCCUCAGUGCCUAGAGGAGUUAUUCAGGCAAAGCUGUCAUUCCUGGGAUGCUCAAAUUGAAUUAGUCUGUUCUUUCUUUCACUUGAACUUGCACUUUCUUAUUUACCUGCCCAUGUAAUAGAGUUUCUAUUGACCUUCAAAGUGAGCAAAUAUCUAGUGGGUGGGUAUUUUUUAUAAAGUCCCAAUAAAUGCAGGACUGAAAAUACUAUAAUCAUCUUCUGUUGCUCUACCACUUCUGUUACUGACCAAACAGAAAACUAAAAAUUAUCAAGCAAUCUGUUGAAUUUCAGAGCUUUGAAAGUAGAGAAAUGGAAGAGGAUUAUUACACUGUGUGUGCCUGAGUCUUGAAAGAAGUCUAAUCUGGUUGGUUUUGCUUCCAACUUAUGUGCUGGGAUUCCCAAAGGUUUACAUUCUUGUUUUUAAGGGUAAUUAUCUUUAAUCAGGAAGACUGAAGAAAAGAGAGGAGUGCACACUUAGAGGAGUAGGGUUUGGAGUUCGAGGGUAAAGUAACAAGGCAGGCAAAGUUUGAACAUAUUGACAUACUAUUUUUCUGGUUAAGCUGUUAAGCUGCUGUAGAACAUUCUAAUCCUCUUUAUUUUUGUAAAAAGAAAUCCCUAAAAAACAAAGGUCGACUGCCUCCUAAAAAAAUGUUUGAAACUUUCCCUAUCCUGGUUUAUUAGCCCAAUUAUGGAUUGGUUGGAAGUGGUAGCAAGAGUGAGAGAUAUAUUUUUAUGGAUUUAUGCUAUAAAAUGGGAUUGUUAGAGAACAUUCAUUUACCUUCUAUUAAUUUAGGAGGCUUCCAGUGCUGUGACACAAUUGAGCUGUAACCUUAGUAGGGGCUUUAAGGAAAUAAAGAUACGGGUGGGGAGGGAAGAAACUUGGGUCCAGGAAAAGUUCAGACCUCCAAUGUACUUUAAAACAUGGAAUGUGUUAGGUUUUUUCCUUUGGGUUAUGUUGGGGUUUGUUUGUUUGUUUUGGGUGGGGAUUUUUUAUCUGCCUCUCUGUUCUGUCUUGUCUCUGAUUGCUUCGAAAGAACAUUUCUUAGCUUGCUUUCUACAAGCUACAGCAGAGAGAGCAAAGAAAACACUCAAUUCUCUUUGGUUUACAGUAAUUGAAGGAGUUACAAAAAUGUUGCAGUUGCUUAGCCCGUCCCAGACCUUAGUUUGUGGCAAGCCAAAUAUCCAGCAUUAUUCUCUUUUGGUUCAGUGUCUGUAUGAUGAUGUGAGCUAAUGGAGACCAAACAUCUCCCCCCCUCCAGCAAACAGGUGUCAGUUGUGCUUGUGCACUUUUUUCUCUUUUCCUUUCCCACCUCUGUUGCUGUUCACAGCACUCCUGGAACAGCCUGAUCCCUGGGGCUGCUGCUUGCACACUGAGAGUGGGGACUAUGCAAAAGCUGGGCAUUGGCCACUCUGAGCUGCUUCUGUCACAGAGAACUGCAAGAAAAAAGGAUAGAGGGUCUGUAGCUGGAGGAGAUGUGCAUUUGCCUUUUCAUCAAGUGAACCCACUCCAGUGAGGAUUUUUUUGUAUCCCCAUGGAAAGACAUUGUAUAUCUUUGCUCACAGAGUGAUGACUAGAGCAGCUCGAGAAGGAUUGCAAAGCUUUUGCCAUGUCCUGUCUCUUAGUAGUAAGUUAUGGAGAGCCAGGCAGCUCUUUGCUAGAUUUGCUGAUUAUGGGAGAUAGAAAGAUCACUUUCCAAGAAAAAAAAAUGUUAUUUUCAUCAUGCUAUGACUGGAGCAGCUGAUGCUCCUUAAUGUAUGGUACAGCAUUAGCCUGGCUGGCCUCUUGGCUGUGUACAUUUGAGUUCUGAUGAUUGCUGGAUAUGAAUUCCUGCCAGCAGUUCUCAUUGUAUUGGAUUACAGGUGGGCCUUUGGUAUAUUAUGUUCCAGGUGCUUUUCUAGCAUAUGGAUGAUAACUGUGGAUUGAAAAUCUGUAUGAUGCUAUCAAGUUAACUAAUAGCUCCAUGAGAAUUUGUACACUUGUGCCAUUAGCCUCCAUCAUGCUCUUGGCAUUUUGUUUCUGUUCAAUAUUGUGUGAAUCUAAAAUUUUACUGUUUCUUUUGUGUGUGUUUUUAAUUUAUGGAAAUAAAUUUUUCUGAGAACCUUUCA